AUGGACACCGAACCGAAGCCGGGGUGUGUUGUGCAGCAGGCUCACUGCCCAGGAAUGGAGUGCCCUCCUUCAGAGGACGUUCCUCCUCAGGCAAGUCUGUCUGAAAAGAUACCACCAGUGAAGCCUUGCUUCAAGAAGAAGCAGCAAGUGCAGAAGAGACUGGACACAGAAACUCUGCGGGCUUUGCGGCCAAUCUUCACCAGUUUGCUGGGAGCUGGGACUUUGAGUAGAGUCUUUGUGGCCCGAGGCCAAAGUGGCAGUCAUAGUAGUUUAUGUGAACCUGCUGUGAAAAAGACUCUGGACCUUGGUACUUCUUGCCCCCAAUCAGAAAAUAAUGUGACAGUGCUGAUGCCAACAGCUCCAGAUGCGCAGAGGCAACUGCCAGUAGCUCCUCCUUCUUCUGGGCAUCCUAAGCAGGAUGUCCAGGCAGGCGAGCAGGGCUUCUCACCUGAAACUACUCCUGGGACUGCUGCUGAUAGUAGUAAUGAGUCAUUCCAGGAUCAUCCUUUGCACCCAACUGCUACUGAUGGUGCAUCUUGUCCUUUGCUUCCAGACAAGAUUCUGGAAAGCUACACAUCUGGCUUAUUCCAAGAGAAUAGCUGUCUGAUGCAAUACAGUUUGAACCCAAGCAAUAAAUUCAGUGCUGGGAUCUUCCAGGAUAAAAGUGAAGAAGCUUCUCUUGAUCUGGUAUUUGAGCUCUUGAACCAGUUGCAGUAUCACACCCAUCAGGAAGAUGGAAUAGAAAUCUGUGUGGAUUUUCUCAAGGGCACGUGUGUUUAUGGCAGCGACUGUCCCAAACAUCACACGGUCUUACCUUAUCAUUGGCAAGUGAGGAGGACAGCAACCCAGAGUUGGCAAAGUGUGACCAAUGAUUCCCAGGAGCAUCUGGAAAGACUCUACUGCAACCCUGAAAAUGACAGGAUCAAAGUGAGAUACCGGUAG